AUGGAGAGCGUGACGGGCUCGGUGCCACUGCUGGAUCCACAUUUCCACUUCUUCGACCUCCGUCCGGACACACGGUCCGGGCACGAUGGUCGGAUCCUUGAGCUGCCGGAGCACCGGCAGGGAGUCUAUGAUGUGGAGAGCUAUGAGAAGGACAUGGGGAAGGCGCCAGAGGUCUUUACCGUUCAAGGCGGUGUCUUUCUGGAGGCCGUGAGUGUGUGUCAUGUGGAGCUGGGCGGGCCAACCUACGAGGCCCACUGUUUCAAUGAAGCGUCCUAUGCGGCGGAGCAAUUAGCCAAGAGCUCCAAGAGCUAUGUCAUCGUCGCAGCAUGUGCUCUUGAAGAGCCGACGGCACCGAAGCUGUUAGCCCGAUUGGUGGAGCUUCCGCAGGUCAGGGGCAUCCGGCAGAUCUUGAAUCAUCAACCAGACUGGCCCCGGAAUGCGCGGCUGGGAGAUUUGUUGGAGAAUGUGCAGUGGCGUCAAGGUUUUUCAACAUUGCAUGAGUAUGGUCUGAGUUUUGAUUUGCAGCUGAACUUUCAUCAGUUCAAGAAAGCUGCCGAACUGCUCAGUUCACAGCCAGAAAUCUCUGUGAUUAUUGAUCACUUGGGCAGUCCCCGAUUGGAGGAUUUGUCCAAAGAAGAGUAUUGGGAGGGGCUCUUGAGCUUGGCUGCCUGCCCCAAGACCUACAUGAAGAUCAGCAUGUUGUCGUACAUCCACAAGGCCUGGGAUCAAGAGCCCUCAGUGCUAGAUGCCGUGCAUCGGAUCAUCCGCCUCUUCGGUGUGGAGCGCUGCAUGUUCGCCAGCAACACGCCAGUGGAUCAACAGGAUGCUUGGCCUCCUGACCGCCUCUACGCUGCCUUUUGGUCCCUGGCCCAGCCCUAUGGGCCUGAGAGCCUGCGUGAGCUUUUUGCCGGUACCGCACGGCGUGCCUACCGGAUGUGA